CCUAAAUGAAUAUGCUGCAAAAUUACCUAAAACUACUACUAAUACUACUACUACUACUACUACUACUACUACUACUACUACUACUACUACUACUACUACUACUACUACUACUACUACUACUACUACUACUACUACUACUACUACUACUACUACUACUACUACUACUACUAACAACAACAACAACAACAAGAACAACAUCAACACUAGCUUUAACGAUUCAUGA